AUGGUGCAAGCGACUCCCUUCCUCCUGGUGCUCAGCCUGGCCCUGGUGGCUCCCAGCUUCUCUUCAAGAAAGUGCGUGCUGACUGGGAAAUGGAUCAACGACCUGGGCUCCAACAUGACCAUUGGGCCUAUGAAUGAAAAAGGAGACUUCUUUGGCAACUACACCACAACUGUGACGGUCAACAAGACUGAGACCCGCACAUCACCGAUGCUGGGGUCCCAGCACCUCACGAAGGAGAAGAGCCAGCCCACCUUUGGCUUCACUGUCCACUGGAACUUUACAGACUCUGUUACUGUCUUCACCGGCCAGUGCUUCGUGGACGAGUUGGGGAAUGAGGUUUUGAAGACCAUGUGGCUCCUGCGGUUACCUGAGAACAACAUCAAUGACGACUGGAAAGCCACCAUGGUCGGCACCAACGUCUUCACCCGCCUGCACUCGCAGAAGGAGUGA